CUCAAAAGUUUCGUAAUUUGUAGACGACCCACCCAAAAAAGCUAUCUGGUUGACGAGAAAAAAAUCAAGCCAUCGUCACUCGUUGCUGAGUCCAGAAUAUUUUCGUGAACUACGCGAAUAAAUUGCGCAAGAACUUAGCAACUAUGGAGGUGGACACCGGCUACGAAACGAACGACACCUGCCUAGCACUCGGAAAUGGCUUCACCAAAGCCUACUCGAACAAUUUACCGAGCGUCAACAGUGAAAUGCUGUGGAACUACUUUGUCCAACUGAUGCAGACCGCCACGGAAAAUCCAAAUGCCGUAAAGAUUCUACAAUCGAUGGCAGCUAGCAAGCCGGAAUACUUGGUGGACUCGAUUUGCUAUGUACAGUUGAAGCGAGAUGAUCGACAGUGCACAGUGAAGGGUCAAAUCAUAACGGGCACGAACGGCGAAGAAGCGAAAGCUUACCAACUAACGGUAGUCGUUGAUGAGCAGGGAGAUCGAAUACUGUCGAUUGAAUGUUCCGGAUGUGACGACACUGGUGACUGUCGCCACGCAAUCAGCUUCCUUAGUUGGUUGCAUUGCAAGGGAGAAGCGGACGACUGCAGCGAAGUGGUUUGCUACUUCCGGGGACCACUGUCAGCUGAAUUGGAAAACAUUCCACCGAAACCACCGCUGAACAAAACUAAAGCGAAGAAUUUUAUUCGCGAGAUAGUUCGUAUUUUACAGACUGAAGAUAUCGAUUGUCCGCUGCGAUGGAAUUUCUCAUCCACGAACAAAAAAUUUGCGAACUUAUCCGUGCACGAAAUGAUCAUGAUGGCUGUCAAGAACAAAUUCGACACGGCACAGUUCUUCGAGUACGCACACAGCAUAAUAUCCUCAUCGAACGCCGUGUUAGCUGACAAAACCAAGUUCACGCCAAGAUUCAAUCCUUGGUACUUGGAACUGCGUUACGCUCGAAUCACCAGCGCCAAGGUAUCGGACUGUAUUAAUCUGAAUGUCACUCAAGCCGUAUUGUAUGAAACUAUCCUUGGCUGCCACAAAGAGAUCGAUCCGGUAACCCAACGCAAAAAGUUGGCCGUUCGACAAAGGCUUGAAAAGUAUACCAAAACCAAGUACGAGAACUGCAAGAUCACCCUGAACCCCAACUAUCCAAUCAUUUUUGACGUCCCUGAUGGUAUCUGCCAAUCGCACGUGAUUGAAAUUAAAUGUCCAAAGUCACAGGAUCAUAUGCAGAAGUACGUCACAGAAAACGGUUCGAUAUGUGAGAAGUACUACAUGGAGAUUCAGAUUCACAUGUACAUGCACGGCAAAACGGCGGGUGUGGUGUGUGUGGCCGAUCCUAACUUCGAAACGAACAACGAAAUCUUCAUGCACUCGUUCAAUUUGAACCGCAACUUUGCCGUCAACAAGCUAAACAAAGCGAUGGACUACUGGAAAAACAUAGUGUAUCCGGAACUCUUCAACAGUUGGUCGGAGUGAGGAGAUUGUUUUACGUUUCUUCACACAAACUUAUCACUAGCUUGUAGUCAAGAUAAUUCGAGGAAAUUUUUUCGGAUUUUUUUUCCAUUUGAACCGUUACAUUUAUUUUUCCUUUUACUCACGUCUGCUCUUAGAUAUGUAAGGACAAUAAAUAUAGUAUUUUUUUCUUUAGUGUCUAAAGAAAAUAUUCAA